UGUCCUCGGAGCAAGCUGGUGUAACGAAGGACCUUUAAACAGAGCUGAACCCAGACGACGAACCCUACUCCACAGCUGAGCUAUUUUUGCUGUCAGUCUCUUAUUACGGAGACGUGAAUGAGCCGUGAGCCAAGAUGCCUCUAAAAGACGAGGGACCUGCCUCCACAUCCAGCGGUGAGGAGCAGGGCAGUGACGUGGAGUCUUCCUCGGAACGCUGUGACAGCAUGACAUCGGCCAGCGACCUGGACUGUUCCCGGGAAAGCUUCACCAGCGAUUCCUCCAGUAAACAUUGCUCUCCUUCCUCAAGCCCGCCCAAAACCCUAACCCUGAAUGAAGUCAUGGUGUCUGCCAAACAUCUGUCCAAUCUCUGCAUGGCCCACGAGAUCACUGUGAACCCUAACUUCCGCCUGGAGCCUAACACCCUACCUCAGGACAGUUUGUGGAAGUUAGUGAGAGAUACUUUCCACAAAGCUUUCUGGGACAUCUUGGAGUCUGAGCUGAAUGACGACCCGCCUGUGUACAACCAAGCCGUCAAUUUAUUGGAGGAGAUCAGAGAGAUCUUACUGUCAUUCCUUAUUCCCGGGAACAACCGGAUGAGGACCCAGAUUACAGAUGUGCUGGAUAUGGACCUGAUUCGUCAGCAGGCUGACAACGACGCUGUAGACAUCCAAGGGCUUGCCUCUUUUAUUAUCGCCACCAUGGGCAAGUUUUGUGCACCAGUUAGGGAUGAGGAAAUCAAGAAGCUCCGUGAAGGCACAUAUAACAUAGUUUCACUAUUCAGUGAGAUCUUCCGUGUGCUGGACCUGAUGAAGGCGGACAUGCUCAACCAUACAAUCACUAAUCUGAGGCCUGUGUUGCACAAGCAUGGUGUGGAAUAUGAGAGGGCAAGUUUUCAGAGUAUCCUGGACAAAACACCAAAUGCUUUGGAGCACACCACGUCCUGGAUGAAGUCAGCGCUGGAGGAGCUGCAGACGGUUGUCGUCACCACAGAACAAACCAAAGGACAGCGAGUGGUACCCGGGCCCUUUCAGGUCGUCAACACCGCCUUCCUCAGCCUCCUCACAUGGGACAGCAGUAAGAGGCCUCUACCUGAGACGUUGAUGACUGAUGAGACACGACUGCAAGAGAUUCAGUGGCAGCUGCAGCGAGUUCAGGCGGUGAAUGAGGUGCUGCUCAUUGUCUACAGCACCAUCGGAGGCCCGAUCCAGGGUCUGUCUUCCCUGUCUGACCGCCUGAAGAGGAUGACGAGCGUGCUGCUGGAAGGGAUGCACAGCCCGGACUUUAAGCUUGAGGAGGCACUAGAGGGCGUCAGUGCUCAGAUCAGCUGUGAGCUCAACAAGUCUUUAACAGAGAGGGGCUAUCCUGCACUCACUCCAGCAUUGCAAGAGGCACUUAAAGGCCAGAUCUGUAGCAUCACUCAGAAGGACAACCCCAUCCGCACUCUUGUUGAGGAUCGUGUUCAGCUGUACUUCACGGCGCUCAUUUUCGCCCCUAAACCCGAGCUCAAACUUGAACAGGUACCAGCCGGUCUGACCUCCAUCAAACCCGAACUGGCGUUGAUCGGGGCAAAGUUCAACUCCCUGGUCGACUACAACAAAAUGGUCUAUGGUCCUUUCUACGCAGAUAUCAUCAGGAAGCUGUUGUUCAGCGGCAGCCCACCGGCAGCUAACCCUCCUCAGGACGCCCCUCAAGACGCUGUCAUCUCCAAAUAAAAUCAAAAAACCUAAACUGUCGCCUAAGGAGUUCCUUUGCUUGUAGUCUUAGCUUUAGCUAGGGAGGUGCUACAACAGCUGGUCAGUGCUACUGCUUUGCGUAAGCCAGUGUGCUCCAACAAUUGGGGUUACCUUUAAUGUAUUAUUAAUGUAGUUUCUAUCGCUACAUGUAGCAGUGAAGGCACUGCAGCAUCGGCACCCGGAGGUCGACAUUUAAUGUGACCUGCAUUCUUUGUGAUAGAUGCUGUUAAAUAUGUUCUCCUGUCAACAUUUA